AUGGCUUCAACAGCUAAUGCAAAAUUGAUAACACUACUGAAGCAGUACAGUGACAUCUUUGCUUGGACAUAUGAUGAGAUGCUUGGUCUUGACCCAUCUCUUGUCACCCAUCACUUGGACAUUUUUUCCAACUCUAAGCCAAUAAAGCAGCAUGCUCAAAAGUAUCACCUUGAUCUUGAGGCAAAGAUUAAAGAAGAGGGAAUUGAAGUAGAUAGGGAUAAGAUCAAGUCAAUCAUGGAGAUGCUACCGCCACAAUCGCAAAAAGCCUUGAAGAAAUUCCUAGGCAAGUUGUCAUACCUUAGGAGGUUCAUUCCAGCCCUUGCUGAGAUAACCUUUUCCUUUGGGACACUGCUGAAAGAGAAUCACAAGUUUGAAUGGUUGCAAGAACACCAAUAG